AUGCGCAUCUCCUCUCUGUCACUUCCUUUGGUGCUGGGUCUCGCUGGGUAUGCUACUGCCUAUCCCUACUCUGGAUCAGAGGUGAUCCUGCGCCGCCAAUCAGAUAAGCAGGCCAAGGCCGAUGCUGUGAAGGAGGCCUUCCAACAUGCAUGGAAUGGAUAUGUGAAAUAUGCUUUCCCUCACGACGAGUUGCACCCCGUGAGCAAUGGCUAUGGUGACUCCAGGAAUGGAUGGGGAGCCUCCGCUGUCGAUGCACUUUCAACCGCCAUUAUUAUGGGUAACCGGGAUGCCGUUCAAAAGAUCUUGGACCAUAUCGAAACUAUUGACUUUUCGAAGACCAACAGUGAGGUCAGUCUGUUUGAAACCACUAUCCGAUACCUUGGUGGCAUGUUGUCCGGCUAUGAUUUGCUUAAGGGCCCUGCAGCAAAGCUUGCCCCCAAAUCGACUCAAGUCGAUGCUCUACUUGCCCAGUCCAAGAAACUUGGCGAUGUCUUGAAGUUUGCCUUUGAUACACCAUCCGGUGUUCCCUACAAUAAUCUUGACAUUUCUUCCAAGGGGAACGACGGCUCCAUAACCAAUGGUCUUGCAGUAACUGGAACUCUGGUGUUAGAGUGGACCCGACUGUCUGAUUUGACUGGCGAUGAUGAGUAUGCCAACUUAAGCCAGAAGGCCCAGUCAUACCUUUUGAACCCUCAGCCAUCAAGCGGCGAGCCAUUCCCCGGCCUGGUGGGAAGCAACAUCAACAUCUCCAACGGCCAUUUCACCGACGGAGCUGUCUCUUGGAACGGCGGCGAUGAUUCAUUCUACGAGUACCUGAUCAAGAUGUACGUGUACGACCCAAAGCGGUUUGAGUCAUACAAGGACCGCUGGGUCCUCGCAGCGGAGUCGACAAUCAAACACCUCCAAUCGCAUCCCGCCCCUCGUCCGGAAAUCACCUGGCUGGCCUCAUACUACAACGGCCAACAGGAUCUGAGCUCACAGCAUCUGACCUGCUUCGAUGGCGGUAGUUUCAUCCUGGGCGGCACCGUGCUGGAUCGGCAAGACUUUAUUGAUUUCGGCUUGAAGCUCGUGGAUGGCUGCGAGGCUACUUAUAACCAGACUCUGACCGGCAUUGGACCAGACUCGUGGGGCUGGGAUCCGAAGAGAGUGCCAUCCGACCAGAAGGAUUUCUACGAGAAGGCUGGGUUCUACAUGGACAACGGUUCAUAUAAUUUGCGCCCCGAAGUGAUCGAGAGUUUCUAUUACGCAUACCGUGUCACAGGGAACGAAAUAUACCGCGACUGGGUGUGGAAUAGUUUCAAGGCGAUCAAUGCUACCUGCCGCACUGACUCGGGCUUUGCUGCUGUAAGCAACGUGAAUACUGCUGGAGGCGGCGCAAAGUACGAUAAUGAGGAGAGCUUCCUCUUUGCUGAAGUCAUGAAAUAUGCAUACCUUGUACAUGCAGAGGACGCCCCAUGGCAAGUCCAGAAGGGCCAGAAGAAUGCUUUUGUAUUCAAUACCGAGGCUCAUCCCGUGCGUGUGGCACACACCUAG